GCAUUCGACUCACGGAGACUGCGGCGGACAAAUGCAAUUGGUGGCGAGGUGAACGCACGCAAAGCAGGCUAGGGCUGUGCUACAGGACAACCGGACGUUUAAGAUAUCCGUCGAGAUUCGUCGUUUAUACAGGGAGCGGGGCGUUUGUUUACGACGUUGGUGAUAUGAAUAUUCCGUUGGAGGUUUCUCUGGAGAGCGAGCGAAGAACGACCGGCGAAGUCAUACCAGAGCUGAAUUAUUAGCUUAGCGGCUAACUGUUCGUUAGCACCGUGAUAGUCGCAAAUUCGGUCCCUCUAAGCAGGCACCUGCUCGGUUUUUUUUGUGUGUUAUUUUUUUAAAAUAUAUUUGUAUUUUUUGUCAUUUACAUUCAGCUCUACGUUGAAAAGCCAUUUCGGAUUUUAUUUAUUUUAACCUAAAACGCAGUAUUGAAGAAGGACCGUGUCAGGUCGAGGUCGGGACCAGUACAGGCAAACGGGUGUCCUCGAGUGGCCGUUCAUCAUGGACAACGCGCACACAAAGACGGUUGAAGAAGUUUACAGCUUUUUUAACGUGAACGAGAGCACCGGCCUGAGUUCGGAGCAAAUCAAGAAACAACGGGAACGAUACGGAGCCAACGAGUUGCCAGCAGAGGAGGGCAAGUCCCUUUGGGCGCUGGUGGUUGAACAGUUUGAAGAUCUGCUUGUGAGGAUCCUGUUACUGGCUGCCUGCAUAUCCUUUGUGCUGGCCUGGUUUGAAGAGGGAGAAGAAACAGUAACAGCUUUUGUGGAGCCUUUUGUGAUUCUACUUAUUCUCAUAGCCAAUGCCGUUGUAGGAGUCUGGCAGGAGCGAAAUGCAGAAAAUGCAAUUGAAGCCCUUAAAGAAUAUGAGCCAGAGAUGGGAAAGGUGUACCGCCAGGAUAGGAAGAGUGUCCAGAGGAUCAAGGCCAGGGACAUUGUGCCUGGGGACAUUGUGGAGGUUGCAGUUGGUGAUAAAGUGCCCGCAGACAUCAGGCUGACCUCCAUCAAGUCAACUACGUUGAGAGUCGACCAGUCAAUUCUAACAGGAGAGUCUGUGUCUGUUAUCAAACACACUGACCCAGUGCCAGACCCCCGUGCAGUCAACCAGGACAAGAAGAACAUGCUCUUUUCUGGCACCAACAUUGCAGCUGGUAAGGCUGUCGGUGUGGUGGUGGCCACAGGUGGAAACACUGAGAUUGGUAAAAUCCGUGACGAGAUGGCUGCCACGGAGCAAGAGCGAACACCACUGCAGCAAAAGUUGGAUGAAUUUGGACAGCAGCUAUCUAAAGUUAUUUCCCUGAUCUGCAUCGCUGUGUGGAUCAUCAACAUUGGACAUUUCAAUGAUCCCGUCCAUGGAGGCUCUUGGAUCCGUGGGGCUGUCUACUACUUCAAGAUUGCUGUGGCUCUAGCAGUGGCGGCGAUCCCUGAAGGUUUGCCUGCCGUCAUCACCACUUGUCUGGCUUUAGGAACACGACGCAUGGCCAAGAAGAACGCCAUUGUCCGUAGUUUACCCUCUGUGGAGACCCUUGGCUGUACAUCUGUCAUCUGCUCUGACAAGACUGGCACGCUGACAACCAAUCAGAUGUCUGUAUGCAGGAUGUUUAUCAUUGACCAGGCUGAUAGUAGUCAUUGUUCCUUAAAAGAAUUCACAGUUACUGGCUCUACAUAUGCCCCAGAUGGUGAAGUGUUCCAGGAUGGCAAACAAGUGAAAUGUUCCAAAUACGAUGCUCUGGUGGAGCUGGCCUUUAUCUGUGCUCUCUGUAAUGAUUCCUCAUUAGACUAUAAUGAGACCAAAGGUGUGUAUGAGAAGGUGGGUGAGGCCACUGAGACUGCUCUCACAUGCCUGGUGGAGAAGAUGAAUGUAUUUGACACGGAUGUGAAAGGCCUUUCCAAGAUUGAGAGAGCAAAUGCCUGCACAUCUGUAAUCAAGCAGCUGAUGAAGAAAGAGUUCACAUUAGAAUUCUCCAGAGACAGGAAGUCCAUGUCUGUGUACUGCACCCCCAACAAAGCCCGUUCAUCUGCAGGCAAGAUGUUUGUCAAGGGUGCCCCUGAGGGAGUGAUUGACAGGUGCACGCACGUCCGUGUAGGCGGCACCAAGGUGCCUAUGACCCCCGGUAUCAAGGACAAACUGAUGUCUGUGAUCAGAGAAUACGGAACUGGCCGGGACACCUUGCGCUGUCUCGCUCUGGCCACCCGAGACAACCCCUUGAACAAGGAGGACCUGGUGUUAGAGGACUGCACUCGCUUUAUUGACUAUGAAACUGACCUGACCUUUGUGGGCUGUGUGGGCAUGCUGGAUCCUCCCCGGGCAGAGGUGGCAGCCUCCAUUAGACUUUGUCGUCUCGCAGGCAUCCGAGUAAUUAUGAUCACUGGAGACAACAAGGGUACAGCAGUUGCAAUUUGCAGACGCAUCGGUAUUUUUGGCGAGGAAGACGAUGUUGCCAGCAUGGCGUUCACGGGCCGAGAGUUUGACGAUCUCACCCCUUCUGCACAACGAGAAGCAGUGGUCAAGGCUCGCUGCUUUGCUCGCGUGGAGCCGUCCCACAAGUCCAAGAUUGUUGAGUAUCUGCAGUCCUAUGACGAAAUUACAGCUAUGACUGGCGACGGCGUGAAUGAUGCCCCCGCUCUCAAGAAGGCAGAGAUUGGUAUCGCCAUGGGCUCUGGAACAGCGGUUGCAAAGACGGCUUCAGAGAUGGUUCUGGCCGAUGACAACUUUUCCACCAUCGUGGCUGCAGUCGAGGAAGGCCGUGCCAUUUACAACAACAUGAAGCAGUUCAUCAGAUAUCUCAUCUCCUCUAAUGUGGGCGAAGUUGUCUGCAUCUUUUUGACGGCGGCCCUCGGCUUCCCCGAAGCUCUCAUACCAGUUCAGCUGCUCUGGGUUAACCUGGUGACUGAUGGUCUGCCCGCCACCGCUUUGGGCUUCAACCCACCAGACUUGGACAUCAUGAAUAAGCCUCCCCGCAACGCUCGCGAGCCCCUCAUCUCUGGGUGGCUCUUCUUCCGAUACCUAGCCAUUGGAUGUUAUGUGGGCGCUGCCACAGUGGGUGCCGCGGCCUGGUGGUUUGUCGCUGCAGAAGAUGGACCGAGGAUCACAUUUUACCAGCUGAGCCACUUCCUGCAGUGUGGUCCAGAAAACCCAGACUUCCAGAAUAUGGACUGUAAGGUGUUUGAGUCUCCUUAUCCGAUGACCAUGGCCUUGUCAGUGCUGGUCACCAUCGAGAUGUGCAACGCUCUCAAUAGUGUAUCUGAGAACCAGUCCCUGUUGCGCAUGCCACCCUGGGAGAAUGUGUGGCUGCUGGGAGCAAUCUGUCUUUCCAUGUCCCUACACUUCCUCAUCCUCUACGUGGAGCCUCUUCCGAUAAUCUUCCAGAUCACCCCUCUGAAUCUGACCCAGUGGCUGGUGGUGCUCAAGAUCUCGCUGCCGGUCAUCUUACUGGACGAGGUGCUCAAAUUUGCGGCCAGGAACUACCUGGAGCCGGGUAAAGAGCUGGAGAAGGCCGCCAGCUCUGAAGGCUGCUGCCUGGCUGCAUGCAUGGAGGGCAUCUCCUGGCCCUUUGUGGCCCUCUCCCUCCCCCUGCUCCUCUGGAUCUACAGCACCGACACUAACAUGGCCGACAUGUUGUGGUCCUGACUGACUUGAUUGAGCACAACCUCGACUUUUCCAUCACAGCCAUCACUCCCUUGACCCUCCUUCGCUUCCCCACCCCUCUUAAUCCCCCUCUGCCACCCUCCACAUGCGUAGCUUGUGUGUGUUGUAUAGUUUGUGUGUGUGUAUGUGUGUGUGUGUGUGCGUGCGUGUGCGUGCGCGCGCACGCGCUAUGAGCAACUGUAACACAUUAAGUGCACCAAUACUCUAAAUUCACUUUGAGAAGUCACCUGUUUUAAGUUGGCCUAAGGCUUUAGCUGACCACUCGUAUAGACGCUGACUAGAUUAGGCAGUUGCCAUUUUUCAUUUUCUUUUAAAAUUAAUCUCAAUUAAUGCCUUUUUAAACCUUCAGUUUUGUGUGUCCAGUGUCACUACAGUACAUAUUAUUUAGCAUACCUUCCCUCUUUGUGGGGAAAAAGAAAUGUUAGGGACUCUUGUGGAUCUGUACGGAGAUUGAAUACUAUUUUAUGCAAAAAAAAAAAUUUUUUUUUAUGGUUUUCGAAAUUUGUUGGACCAGCGUUGGCUUAGAUGUCCCGCCUUGAUUUUUCUUUUCAAAUGUUUACCAUUGUGUCUUCAGUGUAAACUUUUUUUCAGAGGACAAGCGACUUGUGGCAGACAAGAAUGGGGAAAGGUUUGGGAGUGAAUGUUGGAAUGCUCCAAUUAGAUGAUAGGGGGGAACAAAAGAAUAUUUCGGGGGAAAAACCUAAACUGCAUCCCCAGUGACCAAGCAUGAACUGUAUGUAGUUGCUAAUUUUCUUAUUUAAAUGUGUGCCCCUUCACCCCCAAAUGUAAAACCAGAAAUUAAUUUCUUGGAUUAUUUUCUUUAUUGCUAUGAUUUGAAAUAAGUCAUUUUUUUCUGCACUGGGAAGAUCACAGCUACCUCAAUGUGAUAAAAAUGUUUUUUUUCCUGUUAAUCUCUGGAUGCUUCCCCACAGUCUUGCUCAGCUGUAACAUCUGAGGUGUGCCAGCUGGGUUGCUUGUGCAGAAAGUGGAACAGUCUUUACUCUAACCAUUUUACUAAAUGUUCUUUUGGGGUGUGUUGAGUUUUUUUUGACAUCCUUUAACUUCAUUGGUGUUAUGCUUUAGAGACCAAGUCGUUCAAGAUUGUGUAUGCUACCGUCUUGAUGGUGUUUGGUUCAAAGGACAAUAAUAUUAAGAAAUAAUACAACUCAAAAUCAAAAUGAUUUCAAAUGAAUACCCCGACCUGUUUUUUUUACUUAAAGGAAAAUACACUCAUGAACCCUUUGAAUCAAAGUGUUUGUCUUUAUUUGAUUUGAGGAACAUUGCUUGUGUGUGCAAAAGUAUUAUUGCGUUCCACUUGUGAAUGCUUGGCUUUUAGAUAUUGGUUUGACUUGUAAUAUUUAUCAUACUUGGUGUGAACGUGUUUGUGUGGCCGUCCAGUUAACUGCAUUUAAUUGUGUGGGAAAAGACAAAGAUAAAAGCAUGGUAGUGGGGUAGAAGCCUGGAUGUGUUUGUAUACCACUUGACGACAUUGGUGUGCUUCUCUUCAUUCAAUGCCUUCCACUGGCUUCCCCUGUCAGAGUGAGUAUUUCUCAUUUUCUCUCACACUUUACGAAAUCAGUCGAAGUUGACGGAAUAAGUCAAGAUAAAAAUAUGCAACACAUCGUUUUAUUUCGGAAUUUGCUCAGCACUUCUUCAGAAUGGGUGCUAAAUGUGAAUUGUAUUAGGAAUUUACAUCUAUGUUGCCCACACGCUUACAUUGUGAAUGUCACCUGUGUGCCACCCAUUUCCACUCACCCCAACCCUUGCUUUCUUUAUCCAUAAAAACAUGAAAGUCUUAUUAAAGUAGCAGUGAUCUGACAUUGUUUCUUUCCCUAGGUUGGCUCUCCUAAAAAAUCUUGUUUCGGAGGACGGAGCCUUCAAUUCAUUCUGCACUCCAUGACAACUAUGUAUGUAUGCAUGCAUGCGUGCACAUAAACUGAACAAAAAUAUAAAUGCCACACUGCAGUUUUUGCUCCCACUUUCAUGAGCUGAACUUACGUAAGACUUUUGAUGUGUAAGGCUUAUUUUUCUCUUAUAUUGUUCACAAAUCUGUAUAAAUCUGUUAGUGGGCACUUCUCUACCGCGGUAAUGCAUUCAUCUCACAGGUGUGGCAUCAAGAUGCUGAUGAGACGGCAUGAAUAUUGCACGGGUGUGUGCCCUAUGCUGCCCACAAUAAAAUCCACUCUAAAAUCUGCAGUUGUAUGGUAUGAAAGGUUAGCUGCUUUGUCUUGAUUUAUAUUUCAUUUAGUGUGGGAUUUCUGACCAGCUCUUUGGACCCACUAUACAGUGAACCUGUACAUUUUAGUGGCCUUUUAUUGUGGGCAGCCUAAGGCACACCUGUGGAAUAAUAUAUCAAUCUCUUGAUAACCCAACCUGUGAGGCAGAGAAAUUAUCUCGGCAAAGCACAAGCGGUCACAAAUAUAGAUUUAGACCAGUUUUGUGAUUCAAGGAGUUUCAUAGUUUUCGUACGAAUAAUCAUUUAAACAUGAUAUGGCAGAAAAUUUGAUACCCAAGAUCCCAGGUUAGCUCAACAGUAUUUGAAAUGGAGACCUUUUGUGUUUAGACAAGAGUUUUGGAUCUUUUGAUUUCAGCUCGUGAAAAAUGGGAGCAAAACGAAAAGUGUUAGGGUUUAUAAUUUUGUUCAGUAUGUGUGUGUACGUGUGGUAUUGGUGCCCAGAGGAACGUAUUUACACCAGAAAGACAUAAUACAUGAUGCGUAUGCUAUUUAUUUUACACACACUUUCGUCCAUCUUCCAUUAUAGUGUGCAGGGAAAUUCAACAUGUUCCUCCGUUCUUGCAUGAGGUUUCUUCCUUCUCUCCUUUCAUGGUAGUUUUGACUUGUAGGGACUCCUUAACAUUAGAUGCUGUGGUCUUAGCUUGCAUUUUGUGUACAAACAACAUGCAUGCUUUGCAGCUGUAUUUAGGCUUUACAGUUUGUAAUUAAAGAUUUCACUGUAUAAAUACUCUUACAUUAAGAUGGUUCUGUAGUAGACUUUGGAAAUCAGUUUUUAUUGUAAUGUUUGCACAAUUAGACAAAUGACUCAUUACAAUGAAGUUGACUGCGCUACUUGAGUUUUUAUUUACUGUAGGCCAAUCCAUUUUCUGUCGAGUGUUUUAUUCAUUCUUUAAGGACAUCCCUGCAAUAUAACAGUGUUCUCCUGUUUUAUUUUUACUGCCUGUCUAGGUCUUUAUGAUCCUGUGUUUGGCAACUGCUGUAAAACUGUGAUCUAAUAAGAGGGAUACUGUCCCUUACAAAGGAACCUAGAUUUAAAAAUGUAUAUUAAUCAUCUGUAAAAAUAUGAAUAUCAUUCAAUUCUGAUAAUGAUUGUAGAUGCAUUACAGAGGUUGUGUUUUCAGGUAAAUAAAGAUCAUAUUUGAACUUUG